CACAAAUCUGCCGUUUGUUUAUUGUUUGUUGUUUACAUCUCUUUCUCUCUCUAGGCUUUCUCUCUCUCCUCUCACACCAACUCUCUUUUUAAAAAGGCUUUACCUUCUCCUCAUUAACCACAUCUCUCUCUGUUCGCCGUUUCGUUCUCUCUUCUGCCAAACGCAUUCCAGCACUGAGAUCAUCUGAACUUCAGAGGAAAUGGAAUCAGUUUCCGGCGCUGUAAGGCGGCCUUGUUUCAUCGACGAGGACGAUGGGUUGGCCUCGCUGGCUGAUAUGGAAGCCGGGUUUUCCGGGUCCAACCACCCGUUUUAUUCAAGGCCGAUGUGUUUCGCGAGGCGGAGUGGCAGCUUCAGAAACGUUUCUCCCGCCAUGGCUUCGUUUUCUUCGUCGUCUUCUUUUUCGCCGAGAUCUGGGAGGUUCUGUGACGCCAGGUUUGAGGAGCACCACCAGCCCCAUUUCUUGGAUGCUUGUUUCCUCUGCAAGAAACCACUCGGUGAUAACAGAGACAUCUUCAUGUACAGAGGUGACACUCCGUUCUGCAGUGAGGAGUGCAGAGAUGAGCAGAUAGAAAUAGACGAGGCGAAGGAGAAGAACUGGAACCUCUCUUCCUCCAUGAAAGCGCUGAGAAAAAGAGAGCAAAGGAAAUCAAACAACUCAGCCAACACCGCCACCGCACAGGAUUAUCCUGUCCAUACAGGCACAGUGGCAGCCGCUUAGAAAUCGAAUGAGAUUACACAUAUAUAUAAAAAAAAAGGAAAAAAAAAAAGACAAGUUAGAAGAAGAAGAGAGAGAUUGAAAUCUAAGUCCAAGGAAGUUAAAGCCAAGGAGAGAAGUAGUGCAAGUGCAAGACCACCUUUUUUCUGAGGGAUUGUGAAUGUGAUGACUCUGAGUUUGAAUGUUUUAUACAUAAGAUCAAAAGUGUGUGUGAUCUUAGCUCUAUGAGAUGGCUUUUUUUUGGGUUUUUUCCCCUCUUUAAUCUAAAAUUUUUGGUCAUGUAUAAUAUUUUAUAUAUAAUAUGUAAUAUAUGUUUUUCAUUCCCCUAAAUGUAAUGCAAAUGCCAGCAAAAGCUUCAGGUUUACAAUAGAGAAGAAAAGGAAUAAAUAAAAAAUGGCAGGAAUGGAAAUUUCUUUUUGUAA